AACUUUUCAACAGGUCUACCACAUGAUUGAUUAUUCCCUCUCUCUCUCUCUCUCUCUUGAUCUCCUGUGAGUAGUGUGUUCAAGUGGAGGAAAAAUCAGGUUCAGAGCCAAAUCAAGCUUGAGAGAAUGGGAUCUGGUGCUGGAAAUUUCAUCAAGGUUCUUUUGAGGAACUUCGAUGUUCUUGCUGGGCAAUGUUCUAAUCUAGUAUCUCCUUCUCAAAGUUUCUUUUUGCAGAGUAGCUUCUGCUCAGUCCAUCACACACAGCCUGUUGUUAGCCUCGUUUAUCCACUACAUGCCUCAGUCAGGGCGAUUGAAACUCAAUCUCACGCUGAUGACAAACAAUGGCUCACUUAUUGGGUCCUUUACUCCUUACUUACACUCUUCGAGCUCACAUUCGCCAAACUCAUCGAAUGGAUACCAAUAUGGUCCUACUUGAAGCUGAUCUUGACUUGCUGGCUUGUGAUUCCCUACUUCAGCGGCGCUUCUUAUGUCUACGAACAUUUUGUGAGGCCUGUGUUUGUUAACCCACAGAGUAUUAACAUUUGGUAUGUGCCAAAGAAGAUGGAUAUCUUCAGAAAGCCAGACGAUGUGUUGACAGCUGCUGAGAAGUACAUUGCAGAGAAUGGACCUGGUGCCUUCGAGAAGAUCUUAAGCCGCUCUGACAAAUCAAGAAGAUAUACGCAGCAUGAGACCAUGUAUGGGGAAGAGUAUCAGUACUAAGGGGACUACAAAAGCUUUUAGUUUUAGACUUGUGAGGCAAGUUUCAUGUCUUUGAUGUUGUUGCUUUUGCUUCUUUGUGUGUGGAUCUCUGCUCUGUAAGAAACGUUUUAAGAAACUUUAUUGAAACUUGUUCAGUUC